GUUGAGGGGUUGGGUUGAAGUGAGCGUUAAUAGUGUUGUGUUAGUGUUGAGAGCAAUGCAUUGAAGGACUGCCAGCUGUACCUUAUUUUGUGUGUGUUUUUCCAGUGUUUCAAAAGUGUUUAGCCAUUAGUUUUAGCCGAAGUGUGCGAAUCCUAUUCCCAGACCGAGUGACCCGAAGAGCGGCCCAACCGCUGCCCAAACGCUGUCCCAAAUGCUACCCAUAUAUUCAAAUGAUAAACAAUAUAAAGUAACCCAUGUUUUCAAACUGAGGGAAAAGCUGAGCGGAUGGCUCAGGCUAAUAUUGUCGGAUAAAAACUCGAGAAAUUUAUUUCUCUUUUUACUAUUGAAUCUCUCGUUUGCUUUCGUUGAGCUCACGUAUGGUAUCUGGACUAACAGUCUCGGCCUAAUAUCGGAUUCGUUUCAUAUGUUCUUUGACUGUACGGCUCUAUUGGCGGGUUUAGCCGCUUCAGUGAUCACCAAAUGGAGAUCAAACGAGAGAUUUUCCUACGGAUACGUGAGGGCCGAAGUGAUCGCCGGUUUUGUGAACGGAUUGUUCCUCCUAUUCAUCGCAUUCUUCAUAUUCUCAGAGGCCGUCGAACGAGCGAUAGAACCGCCAGAAGUGAAACACGAGAGACUGUUCCUCAUCUCAGUGUUGGGAUUGUUAGUGAACUUAGUGGGCAUUUUUGUCUUCCAACAUGGUGGCGCUAUGCACGGACACUCACACGACAGCGACGCCCCACACAGUCACUCACACAACGGUCACUCACAUUCUCACGGCCACAGCCACGACGGCGGUGGCGGUCACUCCCAUUCCAGUUCUGGUAGUGAUACAAGCAAUCGGCAGAUAAUGCAGGGCGUGUUCCUUCACAUUCUGGCCGAUACUCUGGGAAGUGUUGGAGUGAUUAUAUCAGCACUUCUUAUGCAGUACUUCGGAUGGAUGAUAGCCGACCCCAUCUGU